AUGAUAGAAGAGAUGAAUGCUUUAGCUAUUACUGGUACUUGGACCUUGGUUGACUUACCUACUGGAAAGAGACCUAUUGGAUACAAAUGGGUGUUUGCUGUUAAAGUAAAUCCUGAUGGGUCAAUGGCUAACCUUAAAGCUCAUCUUGUAGCUAAAGGCUAUGCUCAAACUUAUGGAGUGGAUUAUUCUGACACUUUUUCCUCUGUGACUAAAUUAACUUCUUGUAAUAAGUCAAUCAUGUCUUCUCUUACAGUUGACCAUUGGGCAGUGUUAGAGAAGAUUCUGUGUUAUCUGAAAGGAGCUCCAGGACGUAGUAUUUUGUACGAAAAUCAUGGACAUACUAAUAUUGAGCACCUCUCUGAUGUAGAUUGGACGGGUUCCAAUAUAGAUAGGAGAUCCACUAUGGGCUAUUGUGUUUUUGUUGGUAGAAAUUUGGUCUCAUGGAAAAGUACAAGGCAAACUGUUGUGUCCCGAUCUAGUGCAGAAUCGAAAUAUAGGGCUAUGGCCCAGUCUGUGUGA